ACCGCUGCGUGGCGCUCGCUGGCUGUGGGUUGGGCAUAGGUCUGGCAACUGGGGACUGUUGGUGAGGGUUUGUGGUAAUUUGUGCGUAGCUUGAAGCCAUGAAGCACCAGCAGCUUUUCGAAUAAUCCUCAUCAGACGUGGAAGCCGGCCAAGACCUGGGGAGAUCACUCGAUAUUUGGCAAAUGCCAAAGGAGAUGCUUCGGCGCCCGCUGCAGCUGCUGGUGCUGGCUCUGGCGGCGAUGGCCUGCCGGGCCUACCCGGGCGGCGUCCCAGCCGUGGCCUGCGGCGACAUGACCCCGGGUCACGGCGUGCCGGCCCAGCAGUCCGACAUGAUAUACAAUGUGACUGUGUCCGGUGACAGCGUGCAGCCGUCCAAACGUGUGAAGGUGACCAUCAGACGAGGCAACCAGCCGCCGUUUAAGGGCUUUUUCGUGCAAGUUCGGCGCGCCCGGGACCCGGACUCGUCGCCGGCGCUGGGCCGCUUCUUCACGCGCCAGCACCUGACGGUGUCGUGCGAGCCGGGCCAAGACAACGGCAUCAGUCACCUAGACAGCAAGGAGAAGGAGGCGGUGACGCUGCUCUGGCAGGCCCCCGGCGACCUGGACGAGGAUGUCGUGUUCCGCGUCACCGUGGUGCAGAAGCACGACACCUUCUGGGUGGGACACAACACGCCUCGACUGCGGCUGGCCCGGGCGUCCGACACCACCGCCGAUACUCGGGUUCCCGCUCCAUCUCCGGCUCCGGCGCAGGCGGAGGGUGGCGCCGACCGGCUGUCCCCGCGGGUAGAACCGUCCGCCGCUGCCAGCGCGCCUCCGGCUCCCCCCACCAGCACCGUCCCGCCGCCGGCUAGCACCGAGGCCGUCUGCACUGAGAACUGCGGCGGCGCCAGCUCGGAGGCGAGCGCCAUCGCCACCAUAUACGACGCCUGCCUGCUCAGCAAGGGCUGCUUCACGCGCGCCGACAGCUGCAUCGAGGGCCGCAACUGCGACCUGAUGGUGACGUACGCGCGCCGGCCGGACGGCGCCUACCGGCUGCAGCUGUACGGCAAGCACCAGCCGGCCGAGUACCUGGCCAUGGGACUCUCUAGGGACGCGGCCAUGGGGGACGAUGCAGUUAUCUACUGCACGGACCGCCCGGGCGGCGGGUACCAGAUCAAGCACGCCCACAACAAGGGAAAACAGUCAAAUCAGCAGAACGCCACAUCCGCGGGCGGUGAGCUGGUGACCGACUUCUCCAGCGAGUACCGCGACGGCUUCCUGCUGUGCGAGUUCACGCACGCGGCGCGCUUCUCGGUGGGCGACGAGACGGCAGACCUGGCCUCGUCCGACCUGCACCUGAUGGUGUCGAGCGGCGCAGUGGAUGCCGACGGCGGGCCUCGCUACCACCAGACGUCGCGGCGCGUGAGCGGUCAGCCGGUGGAGCUGGCCUCGGCCCGGCAGGCGACCGGCGACAGUGGCCUGCUGUUCCGCGUGCACGGUGCGCUCAUGCUGACUGCUUGGGUGGGCACGGCGAGCACGGGCAUGCUGCUGGCGCGCUACUACAAGCAGACGUGGGUGAGCCGCAAGCUGGCCGGGCUGGACCUCUGGUUCCAGGGCCACCGCGCUCUGAUGGUGAUCACAGUGCUGCUGACGCUGGCCGGCCUGGCGUGCGUGGUGUGGCAGGUGGGCGGGUGGACGACCACGCCGCUGCUGGCCGGGCCGGCCGCCAGCCCGCACCCGCUGCUGGGCGUGCUCUGCGUCUGCCUGGCCGUCCUGCAGCCGCUGAUGGCGCUCUGCCGCUGCCACCCGGGAACGCCUCGCCGCGCCCUCUUCAACUGGCUGCACUGGACGGUCGGCUCGGCGGCGCACAUCCUGGGUAUCGCCACCGUCUUCUUCGCCGUGCAGCUGCCGGCCGCUCAGCUGCCUGACUGGGCUUACUGGGUGCUCGCCGCCUUCGUGCUUUUCCACGUCGCCGUGCACCUCGUGCUGUCGAUGCAGCAGUGCUGGUCAGACCGCACUCUGAGCGGACAGAAGGGCCACGCCGAGGCGUACAACAUGCGAGACAUGGGCAUGAACAGCUACCACGCCUAUCAGACUGAUCGGCCUCAGGAGGCGCCCGGUUCAACGCUGCGGCGAACGGUGCUUGGCAUCUACAUCGUAAUCAACCUGCUGUUCGUGACGCUCCUGGUGUUGAUGGUGGUCCUCGCGCCAGCAGAAAAGUGGAUCGACAAGAUUCUCUCGUAGAUAUACUCAAGCCUGCUUUAGAUCAGCGCGAUCGCACAGUAUUCAAGUGCGAUGACAGCAACACGGCGCGAUCUUGCAGACCGGCUCUAUCCCGUCGUAAAUUAGCGCGUUCCCGGUACUGAUCGGCGUGGUCCUUUCAGUCGGCGCGAUCGC